AUGCUCGAAAAAGCCGACAGUGAAGCGCCAGAGGGUGCAUCUGUGACAUAUGGUGAGGUCACAGUCCAGACUGUGAAGCCAUUCACGACGUUAUCUGCCCUUGGCAUCGGCUAUGGAACCACAAACACCGCAGUUGGCCUUCUGCUCGUUCUCGGUAGCACUCUCCCCAUGGGAGGUUCGCCACUGUUCUUCUGGGGCUUCCUGGUCAUGGCUCUAGUCGGCUUGGCUACAGCCACCACUCUUGCCGAACUUGCCUCCGCCAUGCCUCAUCCCGGUGGCCAAUACAUCUGGGUGAACCGACUGGCGCCACCGCAUUCACGGCGGUUUCUUUCCUACAUCACUGCAGUCAUCAGUUGGCUCGCUGCCGUUGCAACAGGCGCCUCAGCGUGCCUCUCUGUGCCGACUGGUGCUUGCGCCAUCAUCUCGCUCCUCGACCCCAACUUUGUCUACAAGCGAUGGAUGGGCUUCGUUGGGUUUCAGCUCCUCAACAUUAUCACGGUGUGCUGCGCGAGCUUCGAGCAUGCACUCCCAAAGAUCUCAAAGAUCAUGCUUUUGUUUAGCUGCGUCACCAUAGCAGUCGUCUUCAUCACUCUCUUCGCCAUGUCUGACGAACACGCUUCUGCUAAAGACUUUUUCACUACCUCAGUCAACGUCUCGGGGUGGCCAAAGGGAGUUGCUUUCAUCAUUGGAAUGAACGGUGCAAACUGGAGCUUCUCAUGUCUCGACGUCGCCACGCAUCUUGCAGAAGAGAUGCCUUCGCCGAGCACGGAUAUUCCAAAAGCUCUCAUUUGGACGAUUAUUAUUGGCUUUACCUCCGGUCUCCUCGUCGUCACGUCAGUUCUUAUCAACGUAACCAGCAUCGAUGGAGCUGCCGAUAACUCGGCCGUCGCUCUCUUCUACCGCAUCACGGGCAGCAAAGCCGCAGCCGUUGGUCUUUGGGUACCAGUUUUGAUCACCACAGCCGGUGCAGUCUGGUCGAUUCAGACUUGGCAAUCACGCCUUGCCUGGACCAUCAGUCGCGAGGCAGGAUUCCCUCUUCAUCGUCACCUCAGCAAGCUUGCACCGGCGCCGUUCCAUACCCCCGUGUGGUCUCUGCUCUGGUCUGCUUCAGGAACCGCCAUAUUUGGGUGCCUGUAUCUGGGCUCAGAGCUCGCCUUUAAUUCUCUCAUCUCUACAGGCCUUUUGCUCCAAUACAUUAGCUACAGCAUCCCUGUUGUCCUGAUGCUGCUACAAGGUCGACCCAACUUUCAGCAUGGGCCCUUUUGGUAUCCCAGGCUUGGACUUCUUGCAAACGUGGUGAUGCUUGCAUGGGCGCUGGUUGCAUUGGUCUUUUACUGCUUUCCUUAUUACCUCCCUGUUGUGGCAGAUGGGAUGAACUACACCUCUGCCGUCCUUGCUGGCAUUGCUAUGGCCACUGGGACUCUCUGGUUUGUGUAUGCCAACAAGAACUACGAGGUCAAGGAAAUUAUGGAGGACUGA